AUGCAAGAGCAGAAGUCCCGAGCUUGUGAUGACCUGCUAAUACUACAGCGGAACAAAGGAGAUGCAGGCGAUUGGCGACAAACUCAGCGGGCGAACUUCCACCUUGAAGCUCCAAACGAUCUUUCUGAUACCAUUCCUGCUUGGUCUAAGAUAUGUAUCAUUGUCGCCCAUUCUACCGAGAUUGGGAGAUGUUCACAAUGUCGACAAGCCUUCGCCGAUGCUUUUUGUAUGCCUCAUUUUUGGUGGUCAUAUCAUUUCCUUCGGGCAAACGGCACCUUUGGAUGUGAAAGAACGCGAAAUUCUGGAGUAGAAACUGGUUUCAAUACCUGGUCCAGAUUCUCCGUGAAAAAGGUAGAACAUGAUACUAGAUACAAAUGGUAUCAUCCAGGUGUCUUCACACGAUUGUUGCCCUCGACUAAUCAAACUGUGAUCCUCGCCUUCGACCUGGACCCGCCCAUCAAAGAACGCUUCCUACGAGCAGUGAUGAAAUCGGAUGAAAGCUGGCUCAACGACCCAUUCUGGGUCUAUCCACACCUACUCGAACAGAUUGCGCUUAUUGAGGAGCCCGCUGUAUGGGCUAUCCGAGAUCAUGUUCGAUCGAUAGAGACAGAAGGGAAACCAGAAGGGAGGCCACAGCCCGACUACAGACGACUCCACGACAUCGCCCGACAUGCAAUUCAUGUGAACGAGACACUCGAUGUUGCUGUGCAGAAUACAGAACAUAUCUUGAUGCAACACGAGAGCUAUACAAACUCGAGACCAGAUAAUGCUUCUCCGGCUUCCGAAGACAUCCAUCUUCGCCUGCGAUCCUGGCAGUCUUUUAUUGGCAACUUGCGAUGUCAGUCCAUUUCAAAUGAAAAGAGAUUGCAAAAUGAAGUCCAACUGGCCUUUAAUACUGUGGCUCAGCAUGAUGCCAGCGUUACUCUUGAAAUUGGCCGGGCAACUCAAAUGGACAGUGCCGCCAUGAAAACGAUCGCCUUUGUUACACUUACGUUCCUCCCUCCUACUUUCAUCUGCGCUAUCUUCAGCACGUCAUUUUUUGAUUUUGGUGGGGACUCCGGCUGGUCUAUGUCGAACAAGUUCUGGGUUUACUGGGUCGUCGCUAUACCAACUACUGUAUUCACAGUUCUAGUGUGGACUUAUUGGCCGAACAUCCGUGGCAUAUUGCUUUCCGAAAAUGAAUAA